AUGCCGCGGGAGACGAGUCGUCAAAGUCGUGACGACCACGACAGGCGCAAAGCGGACCGCGAGCGAGAUCGAGACCAUGACCGUCGCCGCGACCGAGAUACUCGUGUGAGCGACCGACGUAGAGAGAGCGACAGCGACAACCGUACCCGCGCCGCCGACUUCACCUCGAUGCCCAACCCGACAUCUUUCACAAGCAUGCCCUUUGCGGCGGCCACGGCACCACCGCAGUUCUCCUCCCCCCAGAUCCAGUACACCGCCGGCGCGGACAACGGCAGCAGCCAGAGACGACGAGCUCCGUCCAGCUCCAGCUCUGGCAGCUCCACCGCCUCCUCGCUCCUCGACAUCUCCAGACACUACCCGCAGAGCCGCUACGGUGGCUUCUUCGGCACCUUCUUCAAAGCGCCCUCUGAGCGCCGCCGGCGCAGGCGCAGCUUCGCUCGCGCUUCUAAGCGGCGCACUUUCUACUUUGGCGGCGGCGGUGGCAGCGGCGGCGGCAACACGUCGUCGUCGUCUGUCAACUCUGACCUCGCCUACGGGCAUGGAUACAUUUCCAAGCUGCGGCGCCGUCGCAGCUCCGCUGGCAGCAACAGCUUUCGCCACGGUGGCGGCAGGGCGACCGGGGACGUGACGGACAGCGCGCCGCGGCGACCAGACGGUCCCAUGCGCGGCAAGACGGACGAGGAGAUUCUCGAGAUUGGAAGGCAGCUGUCGGACCUGGCGCGCAAGCAGAACAAGCACGACUUGAAGACGGCGGGCUACGUCAAGCCGACGAUGCUGGCGGCCGCGGCGGCUGGACUGGGAAAGUACCGCAAGAGUCGCAAGGAGGCGCAGGCGCGCGGCGCUCGUGGCGUCGGCGGCUCGAGGAUCCACGGCGCGUCGAGCGAGGAGUCGGACUGGGAGGACGCUUCGGACGACGAGGAGGAGAGCGACGGCGCGGACUCGGUUCUUGCGUACGGCUCGGUUGUAUCCUCCGUCGUGCGGCCCAACAUGGCCAGCGGUUCCUCCAGCCACCGCUUCGGCCCCUACGCUGCAGGAGCGGGAGCUGCUCCUGCUGCGGCUGCUGCGGCGGCUCUUGCCGAUCCGGAGAGGCGAGGUUCGGUCGUCGAUCCCCGCCUGUUUGGCCCCGUCAACUCGCUGCGCGGCAUGAUCAACACCCCCUGCGGCUUCGGCCAGGAACCGCACGCAUCGGCGCCCGGCCCAAGCCCGUGCCAGUCCACCCCCAACACAUAUCAGACGACCGCGGACGCCCGUAGAUACCCAGCUCCGCCUUCCGAGGUAUCGGUGGAUGGGCGGCGGCCCAUGCGGGAGGUCUUCCCCAUGCCCACGUCGGACCCGGGCGUGUUCGACGCCGACCUCGCCGCCUCGCAGGAGCUGCCGCGGCGCGCGCGCACAUCUACCGUGCCCCUGGAGCAGCCCAUCCCCAAGCUCCCGGUGUCGUCCAAGGUGUACGAGGCGGAGAAGUUUGAGGAUGCUGGGCGGCGGCAUCAGCGCGACGCAGCGCCUCGACACGACAGCUCGACGGCCGGGUUCGCGGCCGCCGCUGCGCUCGGGGCCGUGGGCGUGGCUGCGCUGGCGUCUGAUCGUAAGGAGAAGAAGAGUGCGCGCGAGUACGAACGCGAGCGUGAGCGUGACAAAGGGCACGAACGAGACCGUGCACGUGAAAAGGACCGCGACAAAGAUCGACGGGAUCGGGAUCGCGAUUCGAAGCGUCGAGACAAGGACUCGGAGAAGGAAAAGGACAGCAAAAAGUCGAAGCGCGACUCGUACUCCUCAUCCAAACAUGACGACAAGGAGCACAAGCGCCAUUCUAGAUACGAGAAUGAGGAGACGCCCCGCAAACGACGCGAAACUGAGGCCGAUUACUACGCCGACUCGCCCUCGUCAUCCCGCAAGGACCGAAGCAAGCGGGGUGGCGAUGACGCCCACGACGAACUCUACCGCUCCUCCAAGCGAGACAGCAAAUCACACACCAGCCGCGACGAUCGUAAGGAGGAGAAGGGAAAGUCUGUCCUCGGCAAAUAUGAUUUCGGAUACAGCCAGGACGAUCGCAAGGAGGACAAGGGAAAGUCUAUCGACAAAUAUCAGUUCGGCUACAACCAGGACGAUCGCAAGGAGGAUAAGGGAAAGUCUGUCGACAGCCAUGAUUUCGGCUACAACCAGGGUCCCUUGAGGUCAAAAGCCGAUCCUUUUCUUUACCAGGUUGCCGACGGCGCCUUCUCAACGACCGAUCUGGCUGCUCCGGCGGCCCCUCCUGGUCGCCCCUUGACGCCUAAUAUUGUUACCAUCGAUCGUGAGCCAAACUUUGAUGACUACGAGCCCUACCAGCCCUACGAACCAUACGAGCCACUAGGGGCGCCGCAGGGGAGACUAAGCCGAAGAGACUCGUUCGAGAUGGAGGAGCGAGCCCACGACCCGCAAGACCAGGCCAAGCGCCGAGACCGUGACUCCCACGUCUACGAGGAAGGGGAGCAUGAAGCACGCAACAUCUACGAUCAAGCAAAACACGCUACCAUUCCUGUAGCUGCGGCUGCGGUAGCCUCAGCCAUCGCGGUGGAGGCUGAGCGGUCUCGCGAACGUCGCCGAGACCGCUAUGACGAGGAAGGCUCCCGAGAUCGCAAGUACUCGAAGAGAGACACCGUCCAGGAGGAGGCGGACAGGUAUUAUAGAGAGUCCGUGAUUGCCAGAAAGAUUGAAGAGGAGCAGAUGCGCAGCGAGACGCCCGAGAACGAUGACGCCCGCCAAGUCCGAAUCGUCACCCCUCCCGAGAUGCACGAGCAGCAAAAGACGGUCGGCCCAUACGACGCGCCCAACGCCGACGUGCGCAUCGACAACCAGCUCUUCCCGACGGAAGCUAGUAAGUAUGAGAAGAAGAAUGGUAAGCGCAAGUCCAACUUUCAGUCGCGCGACCCAUCCUGCGAGCGAGACCGGCCCGUCCUGAAUCUCGUCUUCCCCACGCCUCUCCCUAGCCGGGAACCGACUCCCAAGGUGGAGAAGCAAGUGCAGAGGGACCAGAAGCAGCAGAACCCCCCCGAGACGCAGGCAAAGUCCUCUGACCCGUCUCCAGAAGUUGUUAUCGGGCCGAGAGGUGACCUCGUAAAGGUUGAGCCGUCAAACAAGUCCGUCUCCUGGGGCGAAAACUCGACCAAGAGCUUCGAGGUAGAGAGCGCUGAUGGUAGGAGCGAUGCGGAGAAGGAAAAGGUUGUCGAGGUACCGGCGGAGAAGCCGAGGGCACGUCUGAGCAGGGCGAGCCCCUGGGGCAUCAUUGCGGCGGCCGUGACUGGUAGCAGCAGCGAACCUUCUGGCGAGCCUGACACCGUUACCAAGCGGGUGUCUACUGAUGUGCGUGACAUCAGCGCCGCAGGUCCUGAGCAAGUUUAUACUGUUGAGACGCCUGACCAGCCCCCGGUUCCGGGACCGAAGCCUACUAGCCCGACCAGAAAUACCCUCCCCGGAUCAUUUGCCGAUGACAUUGAAUUUGCGGCCACGCUCGCCGCCGGACUCAAGGAUACCGGUUUCGAUUCCAACAUUGUCGUUGAUGACCCGACAUACCGACGACGCGACUCGCCCCCCGGUACGAGGGAGGCGGAUGGAGACGAAUGGAACCACAGAUCCAUGUCCGACAUUGUCAUGGACAUUGCCGGCAAAAAAGACCACAAUCGUUCUGUCGUGUCGGAACCCGCUGGCAUUGUGCGCGAUCAACCAACUAACGGUAACAGCAGCAGCAACGGCGGCGACGAGUGGGAGGCGCCGAAGAAGCUGAGCAAAAAGGACAAGAAGAAGCUCAAGCACCAGUCGUUGGAUCUAGGCGAACCCAGCACGCCCACUGACACCAGCCCCGCUCCAGAGUCGACCGUGACGCCCACGUUUGAGGAUGCUGCUGAGGACUUGUCCAAGCUUUCCAAGAAGGAGCAGAAGCGACGCGAGAAGCAGGCCAAGGCACUGGCUCUCCUCGAAGGCGAAGGCCGUGAGCCCCAGCCUGAGCCUGAGAUUGUUGAGCGAUCCCUGCCGACGACUGAAGGUUCUGCUGCAGACACGUGGGAAGAGUCAUCAAGCAAGAAGGAGAAGAAGAAGAAGAGCCGCAAGAGUCAAGAUGCAGCUCCUGACGACCUCGUCACGGUCCCCAGCAACGCCUUUGAUGACUUGACAUCCCUGCGAAAGGUGGACAAGGACGACAUUGGAUCCACCGGUGUUGACGACUGGGACACACCGUCGAAGUCGAAGCGGAAACCAAAGUCUGAUCGCGAUGACGACCGUCCACGCUCCGUCGUCGCCGAGUCUGAAGUUUCGACCUCGAGCAAGAAGAGCAGCAAGUCCAAGAGGCGAAGCGGUACAGAAGGUGACUUGGAUGGUUACGGCAGCGAUGCGAGCAAGAAGAGCAGCAAAUCGAAGCGUCGCAGCAUCGUGGAAGGCGACGAGUUGUAUGGAAGUGACACGGCCAAGAAGAGUAGCAAGUCCAAGCACCGUGAUCGCGACGACGGCUACGCAAGUGACACGACCAAGAAGAGCAGCAAGUCUAAGCACCGCGAUGGCGAUGAUGAAUACGGGAGCGACUUCAGCAGGAGAAGCAGCAAGUCGAAGCGCCGCAGUGGCACAGAGGGUGACUUUGACGACGGUAGUGAUAUCCCCAGCCGGAGACGCAGCAUGUUUGACGACCGUGACGUCUCGUCCGUGGUUUCUGAAGCCCGUGGAGAUGGCCGCCGCCGUGAACGUGAAAAGGAUAGAGAUCGCGACCGGGACCGAGACAGGGGCGAGCGCAGCAGCAGCAAGCGCUCGUCUCGCAGGUACGACGACGACGACGACGACGCCCGCUCCGUCGUGUCCGUCGCCUCGGCCCCCGGCGGCGCCUCCCGCAAGAGCAAGGAGGGCAAGCGCUCCAGUGGCCUGUUUGCGAGCAUCUUCAAGAGGGACGACGAUAAGAAGGAGAAGGAGUCGUCUUUUUUAGAUAAUGCCGGCACCCUUGGCGCGGGUGUCGGCUUGGCGAGCGCUGCGGCGAUUGUUGCUGCCAGCGCGUCUCGCUCCCAUGCCACUGACCGCUCCUCCUCCGAGGCUCUUCCCGACACUGCCAACGACGGUGCCUCGCGAGUCGAAUCUCACGACUACGAUACCUUUGACCCGGAGAUUGCCCCUCGUGCGAUAAAGCCCGCCAUCGAUCCGCAGUACGGCGACCUGCUCCCUCUCCCGCCGAGUGAACCUGGCAGCCCGAGAUCAGAGCCCGGUGAACUCCCGGCCCUGCCAGAUAGCCGACCCAACACCCCUCCUGAGGGACACGACAUGAGGCGGGAUCAGCUCUCGCACCGUCGCCGACGAAGCACCCAGGAGACUCCCUCCAAGUCGCCCAGCAACACGGCCAUUCCCAUCUCGCUGCGUCUCGGCCAGCGGACGCCCCUCAGCCCCAGCUCUGCCUUCAAGUCUCCUCCGCCCCCCGCUACUGCUCAAGCUGGCACCGCGCCAGACUCGGCGUCCAAGCGCGCGUCUCGCGGCACGUCCUGGGACAGCAGUCGGGAGAUCAAGCCCCUCUACCUCCUCGAGCACUCCCGCCACGGGUCCGUCGAGGCGACGCUCGCCAAGCAGGAAGAUCUCCCGGCCCUUCCACCUUCCCAGUCUGCCUCGGAGCUUUCCUUUACCGAGGACGGCGGCGUCUCCCGCGCCGAGCUGGCCUCUUCGGGCCUCCACAUUGACACCCAAGACUUGCCGCAGCACGGCGGAGGCUCGCAGGAGACGACGCCCAAGGCCGAGUUCAAGCCCGCGCUGCCGUUCCACGAUGCCACCGCUGCAGAUCCUGAUGCGGUCGACUCUAUGUCCAAGGAUCGAAGCUCCUACCUCCUCGACUCCACGCCGUCGUCGAGCUCCGCACCACCGGACGGCGGCGAGGUUCUCCCCCUGCCGGACGUUGCGGAGGACUUGACGUCGGCGGACGAGCGGUUCGAAGACGCGCUUGAUGUGCAGUCGCGUCGCUGGUCGGAAGAUUCGGCUGCGGUGACGAUGCAGGACGCUCAAGCACACCCGCAGCACGAGCAGCAGGCCCCUGAGCUGCUGACGAUGGAAGCUGAGGCAUCCGCCGCUCCGUCACUGCCAGCAGGAGCUUCUGAGCCAUCGCCAGCAGAAGCCCCCGAGCCCGAGGAGAGGGCCGGGCGGAGCGUCAAGCAGAAAAAGAAGCUCCGCAAGGCUAAGAAGAACCAGCCGCUGGAGCUUGGCGAGCCUGCCUCAGCUGAGCCCGUCUCUGAACCCGUCUCUGAACCCGUCUCUGAACCCGUCUCUGAACCCGUCCCUGAACCCGUCCCUGAACCUGUCUCUGAGCCCAUCUCUGAGCCUGCCCCUGAGCCUGCCCCUAAGCUCGCAUCGACAUCUGAGCCAGCACCGGACCGCGAGCUUGCACCUGUUGAACAGCCAAUCCCGGAGCCAGCGCCUCAAUCUGCUACUGAACCUGAAGAUGAGUUUGCUGGGCUGAGUGCUAAGCAGAGGAAGAAGCCGAGAAAGGCUAAGAAGAGCCAGUCGCUGGAGCUUAGUGAGCCUGUUUCAGCUGAGCUUGCCUCCGAGCCCGCUUCCGACUCUGCACCAAAAUCUGAACCGGCACUGGAGCGGGAGCUUGCGCCUGUUGAAGAGACGGCCCCGGAACCAACCCCCGAACUUGCUCCCGAACCUGCUCCCGAACCUGCUCCCGAACCUGCACUCGAGCCUGCACCUUUCGUUGAAGUACCUGUUCCCGAGCCCGAGACCGCACCUGAAUCUGCCCUUGAGCCUACACCCGAACCCGCCUUUGUUGUUGAGGAGCCUGCCCCUUCUGUGGCUGAUGUUUCCAACAUUUCGGAGGAUCUUGAAAAGACACCCACUCAAGCUGACGCCUUCCAAGAACCCAAGAAAGGGAAGAAGGGCAAGAAGAACAAGAAGAAGCCACAGUCUUGGGAAGAUGAUGUUUUGGAAGCUGCUCCAAUUGUUGCCGGCGCUGCCGCCCUUGCCGGAGCUGCUUCCCUAGUCACCGAAGUCACCGCCGAUAAGGAGUCUGCCACCGAGUCCAAGUCUGGGGUCGAACUGCCAUCAUCUACCGACGCCGCUGCCAGCUCACCCGCCGAUGCCCAGGAUGUGUCUACCGAAGCCAAGGACCUUAAAGCUGAGCCGAAGUUGGAGCAAGCGAAGUCUGUUGCAACAGAGGAUUUCGCAGCUGCAGUUCCGACUGACGCAGAGGCCUCUCUCGAUGCACAGCCGGUUGGAGGGGGUCAGGACACUGGUGCAGAUGGCGAGGAUGAGUGGUCAACUCCUUCUACUUCUAAGAAUGACAAGAAAAAGAAGAAUAAGAAGAAGAAGAAGUCCCUGGUGCUAGUUGAUAUUCCUGCCGCGCCCGAGCCAUUGAAGGAGGCUGUGGAAGAAACGCCCGUCAUGGUCGAGAAGUCCGAGGAAACACCCACUGAACCGGAGCCAGCAGUAGAGGCAACGCAAAAACCUCUUGCCGCACCAGAAACUCAAGCAGAAGUUGUUGCAGAUGCACCAGUUGAGGAAAUCAUGUCAACCAAAGACGAAUUUAGCGCUGAACCGCAGCCCGAGAACAUUGCCGACACCCCUGCGGAUGCCGAGGGAUCGACACCUUCGAGUUAUGACAAAGACAAGAAGAAGAAAAAGAGCAAGAAGAAGAAGUCCCUUCUGCUUGACGAAGCCCCUCCUGAGCUGCAUGCGGAGCCGGAAGCUCUGCAAGAGACCCCCAUCGUCCCAGAAUCGUCGGUCAAGGACCUCGCUGCCGAGGAAGCCUCUACGACAGAUCCCGAACAAGCCCAGCUUGAGGUCUCAGCCGAGGGCCAAACUGAACCUGCGGAUACCACUGCCGAAGCAGAUUAUUCCUCACAAGCCCCCGCCACGUCGAAGAAAGACAAGAAAAAGAAAAAGAAGCAGGAUUCUGUCGUUCUCGAUGAUACUGUGCCCCCUACGAAUGACCAGACUCCAAGCGCGCUAGAUCUUGAACCGGGUGAGCCUGUCUCGAACAAGGACGCCGUAGUCGAAGAAACAUCUGAGGAGAGUGCUGUCCCUGACCAGCAGAAGGAACUAGAAUCUGUUGUCAAACCUGAAGAUGAGUUUCCGGCUGUCACAAAGGACAAGAAGAAAAAGAAGAAGGACAAACGCAAAUCCGUGCAGUUCGAAGCCACGCCAGACGUUGUCUCUCUUCCACCUCAAGAGGAACAGCCCGCUCCCGAAACCGAUCAACUAGAGACUAGAGACGUUCGAGACGAUUCGGCGGCCGCAACUCUCCAGCCGCAGGAUACGAUCUUGUCUACGCAAGAGUUCAUCUUUGACGAAACCGAUCAGCAGCUUGGCAGCGCUAGCACUACGCAGACAGACAGCCAGCCUCCUUCCGAUGGGUGGGAUGAUGCUCCUGUCUCCAAGAAAAAAGGCAAGAAGAAUAAGAAGAACCAGAAGGGUGCAACUGAGGACUCUUCCACCCCCGAGAAGGAUGCUGUCGACUUUGCCAAACCUAUGGACUUUGGCGAUGUCGUUCUAGCCGCCACUGCCGCCGAAUCUGACAAAAAGCUCGAACUCACCGAUGAGCUUCCUGCCGAGGCCGACAAGUCUCUGGAUUCCUCUGAUGCCACUGCUGCUGCUGAACAGACCAAGAACAAGGCGGAAGUGGAAUCAGAGGAUGAAUGGGGCAGACUCAUCACAGGGAACAAAGCCACGGAACCCAAAGAUGAUACUAUCGUUGCUUCUCAUCUAACGGAAGAGCCUGAAACGAUCAUCGACGUUUCUGACAAGCAAACUGAGGCAUUGGAGCCGGAAGCCAUGACAGAAUCACUGGCUCAAACGGAGCCGCCUGCGGAGGAAUGGCCGGUAGCGACUGGCAAGAAAGGGAAGAAGGGGAAGAAGAACAAGAAAUCAGCCUCUUCAACCCCUCCGGAGAUACUUCCCCCUCAGCUAGAUACCGUCGACCCUACUAAGACGGAAACACCUGUUGAGACCGCUCCUGAACCUGAGCCGGAGAGUUCUCCCCAGUCUAUCGAUGCCGCCGAGGCAGAAUCGUUGCGUGAUACGACUGAUGCUGAGCCAGUUGCGGCUGAUGUAGAGCCAGUUGAACCUGUUGCCGAGGAGCUGGCCACUGAAACCCCUCCCGAGCCUACGGCUGAUGACGCUGUUUCUCCCCUACCUACGAAGCUGUCUAAGAAGGAUAAGAAAAAGAAGAAGAAGCUGGCAGCUUUUGAGGCAGUCGGCGAUGAUGCCCCCAAAGACGUUUAUGAGGCUGAGGCCGCGGCAAGUGCUGACAAGACAUCCGAGCAGCCAUUGGAGCAGCCGUUGGACGAUGCCGCUGAAGUUGCAAAAGUGGUCAGCGUCGAGCCGGCCACUUCAGUUGCCGAGGUUCCCGAACCACCCCCUGAGCCAGAGUCUGCCCCAGCGCAACAAGAAGAGACAACCCCUGAUGACGAAUGGGGCAAAUUGGCGAGAAAGCCUUCUAAAAAGGACAAGAAGAAGAAGAAGAAGCAAGCUUCCGUCGACGAGCCCAAAAUUGAGCCCACUGAAUCUCUUCCGUCAACUGAGCCUAUUGAGUCAACUGCAUCUGAAGAUAAGGAGGCUCAGCCCGAGAAUGUGAUUGCAGCUGCCCUGUCACCCGAACCCGAGCCACAGUCUGCUGAACCCGGACAUUCGACGCCCGAUGAGUCCUUUGAUGGUUUCUCCGCCAAAGAAUCGAAGAAGGACAAGAAGAAGAAAAUGACCAAGCAAGCAGCCUUUGAGAUUGCCGAAGUGGAAGCCAUAGAAUCAACAGGUCCUGUUCCCAAGCCCCAGCCGGAAGCCAAGGAAGUUGACUCUGCGUCGUUGGACUACCAAAGCGGCGUAGAGGCGUCUCAGGGAGAGCACCAGCCGAGUGAAGAACCCAUGUUGGAAGCGGAUGCGGCUCCAUUUACAGAUGAUGCUGCACAGGCUGAGCCUGAGCCGGUUUCUAAUGAAGCCGAGCCUGAGAGCCUCUCACAGCCAGCCGCCGCCGCCGAGCCCGAAGAUGAGUCGGCUGGCCUAUCAAGGAAGCUCUCCAAGAAGGAAAAGAAGGCGAAGAAAAAGGCCAAGGCUGAGGCUACUGCGCUGGACGUGACCCCUACUGAAGACACCACGGUUGCGAAGACAGAAGCGCAACCCGCUGAUGCGAUUUCGACCGACUUAACGAAGGAGCCUGCUGAAGCGAAAGAGCCCUCCCCCGAGACUUCAGCACUGGAGUCCAUGACAGAAACUGAUUCAGGUGCCUGUACGACAAAGCCAUCGAAGAAAGACAAAAAGAAGAAGAGACUAUCGAUGAGCGAAGUCGUUGAAUCAUCAGAUGCCACGCCUGCCGAGGUCGCUGCUGAGCUUCCGAUUGAGCAAUCCAUCGACACAACCAUUGUUCAGGACGCGGAUGGAGAUAGCAAAGGGCUUGCUGAGCCUUUGGUCGAGUCAACGCCUCAAGAGACUUCGUUGGAAGACCAGCCGGCUACCUUGACUACUGAGUCUCCAAAGCACGACACGGGGCAGAAGGGACCGACUGGCGAAGCUGCGGUGCUGCCUGAAGAAACUCCCCAGCACCCUUUGGAUGAGAUACCUGCUGAACCUGUCACAAGCGUCACGGUGCCUAAGACUGACAUUCUUUUAUCCGAAGCAACGCCCGAACCCACCGCUGCCGAAGUUGUUAUUCCUGAGGCAGUUUCCGAGACGCCAGCCAAGGAGGUGGAGGCUGGAGAAGAAUGGGCCAAUUCAACUUUGAUAUCUUCUAAAAAGGACAAGAAGAAGAACAAAAAGAAGAAGUCCAAGAGCGACACCACGCCGCCGUCCGAGGAAAAUAGCACCUCGCCCGUUGCCGAGUCUCAAGAGAUCGUCGGUCCCUCUGGCACGGAUGAGUCUCCCGAGGCUCCCGUUGAGCUUGCUCCUGAGCCUGCCAUUGAGAGUCCACCUGAACCUGUCGUUGAGCCUGCUCCUGAACCUGUCGUUGAGCUCGCACCCGAACCUAUCGUUGAGCCUGCCCCUGAGGCACCAAUCGAGGCAGCUGAUGCCGCAGACCCAACUUUAGACGAUGACUUCGGCUUUCCGAACAAAACUUCUAAAAAGGACAAGAAAAAGAAGAGAAAGUCUGUGGCUGAAGUGCUCGAGCCGACUCCCCAAGCUCCAACAGAGACGACAGGAGAACCACCCCUGGAGCCGGCCACCGAAACCAGUCGCGAAGUCGAGAUCAAAGAUGAAGCCCCUGAGACUCCCAAAGAACCAGCCGCCAAGGAGGCUGAGCUGGAGGAUGACCGGAUAACACGUCUUUCUAACAAGCAGAAGAAGAAGUUGAAGAAGGCCGGUCUGGCUGCUGCGGCUCUUGGGGCUGCUGCAGGUGCCGUUGGAGCCAGCACAUUGAUCGAGGAAACUCCAGAAGCUGCGACGGAGCCAGAGCCAAUUCAAAAACUCAAGGAGGAUGUCAAGCAAGGCGAGGUCGAAACCACCCCGGUUUCCGAUGCUACCGAGGCUGAAGCAAGUGAGUGGGAUACAAAACCCAUGUCCAAGAAGGAUAAAAAGAAGGCCAAGAAACUGGGCCUUUCAGUAUUCGACAUCCCUGAGCCUGCGCCAAUAAUAGAGGAAACUGCAGCUCUGGAGCCAAUCAUCGAAGAAGCUGCUGCUGAGACUGCGACCCCCGAGCCAACCAAGUCUUCGUGGGCAGAUGAGAUGGACGAUAGCUUCCCUCCAGCUACCAAAGCUGAAGCAAUUGGGGAGGACACCAAAGCCGCUGACGAGACUGGCGAGGCUCCAAUUUCGAGAAAGAAGUCAAAGAAAGACAAGAAGCGACAGUCUACUCUUGAGACCGCCAGCCCACCGCCCUUGAAGACAAUUGUCGAGUCUGCGCCUGCCGAGGGACUAGUGACAGCAGAGCCUGUCGUCGAGACGUCCGUACCUGCAGAGGCCCAGACGCCCGCCGUUGAGGAUGAACGGGCCUUGCUGACGAAGAAGGGCAAGAAGGGCAAGAAAGGAAAGCAACAAGCCACUCUGGAUGUGGAACCGGAACCUGUUCCCGCAGAGCAGCCCGCAGCUGCCGAGCCCGAAGCUGCUGUCCAGGAUGCUUCCGCCGCUGAGACAACGCGAACCAUAGAGGCUACUUCCGAGUCUGCUACCCCUGCUGAGGCUGACGCCGAGGACAAUUGGGCUUUGCCCGCCAAGAAGAAGAAGGGGAAGAAGAGCAAGUCUACCUCUCCAGCGGAUUAUCAAGUUGUCGGGGAGAAGACCAUUCCUGAGCCUGUCUCUGAGCCUGUUCCCGAGCCUGCUGUCGGUCCUGUUGUUGAACCGACUGUUGAGCCCGUUCCUGAGCCUGUUCUCAAGCUUGUCCCUGAGCCUGCGGUCGAGCCUGCAGUCGAUUCUGCAGUCGAUUCUGCAGUCGAGCCCGUUCCCGAGCCCGUCUCUGAGCCUGCUGCCGAUCCUGCGUCUGAGCCCACAGCUGGGUCCGGGAUAGCACCCGAACCUGCCGUGCUGCCUGCGGAGGAAACCAUAGACAAAGCUAUCUUUGACUCUGGGACAACAACGACUGCCGAAGCGGACGAUGAGGGGCCCCAGCCUCCGAAGAAAAAGGGCAAGAAGAACAAGAAGAACAAGUCAAUCUCGCUUGCUGACCUGGAGGAGACUGAGGGGAAAGGAAUUUCUGAACCAGCGACGGACAACAGUCCAUUCGCGUCUCAAUCUGAACCGACACCCGCAACAGACAUUGAUCCGGCAACAACUGCCAAGAAGGGCAAGGGAAAGAAAGCCAAGAAAAUGUCCUUUUCAGCCUGGGAAGAUUCAGUUGCUGAGUCACCAAGCUCAGAGGCACCAAUGGAGGUAGAAAGUGUCCCGUCCGCCGUCCCCAUUACCGAAAAUACGACAGCCUUCGUGGAAGAGCCUGCCGCUAUGUCCGACGCCGAGGUACGAGGCGAUGAUAACUGGGCUGUGCCAGCCAAGAAGAAAUCAAAGAAGGACAAGAAGCGCCAGUCUGCCCAAGAAAACACCUCUAUCACCAAGGCUACAUCGGGACUGGACAAGGACAUUUGGGGUGAUGACAAACUUUUGACGGCUGAGAAGUCUAGACGAGCUGAUGCGAUUACGACUGGUGAUGAGAAGCAAGAAAGGCGAUAUGAUGAAGCGGUUAGUGUUGGUGAUGUCGAAAGAGACGAUUUACCCGAUGUUGAAAUGACAAGGUCUGUUGACGAUAAGUUCAGCAGCUCUGAUAGCAAGAUGACGACGACAGAACGCUCCAAAUCGACCGGUAGUGGCAAGGGGAAAGCCAGUCGUAACUCACUCGCGGCAGUGGGAGCGGCGGCGGCAAUUACCGGUGGUGUAGCGGCUCUGGCGCAGAUGUAUGGGGGAAGCAAGAAAAAGAAGGGGAAGAAGUCUAAGAUUGUUGAUAAGAGACAGCCGCAGGAGGAUGACAUGUUUGACGAUCCUGCUCUGUGGGAGGGAGCAGACAAGAAGAAUGUUGCAGAAGAACAGAGAGACGAGGUUGUGGAUGAUGGAGUUGACGAGUUCUGGGGCCCGAGCCGACCAGACCCCGGUCCAAGCGUGGCACCACAUACAUCGGCUGGCACCAGUUACACUGAAUCUGGUGACGAAUGGAAAGAAACUGCAAGGCAAGGUGUGCCGGUGAAUGAUGGGUUUGUUGAGAGCCCCAUCCUGGGGCUCAAUGAGACCUCAUUGCCACAGUCUACGUCUGCUGGUCUACUUCGGCGUGAUUCCAAAUUGGAGGAGCCUGUUGGGGGAUUAUUCGAAGAAGCACCUCGUGGGAUUUCGUCAAGCCAACUAUUUGCGGACCCGAGCGAGCUACGAUCUUCGCCCACCAGAGGACUGCCUGUAGUCCAGGAACACCCCGAAGCCGAAAAAGCGGCCGCCACUGGCGAGGUCUGGCUGGUAGAUCAACCCAACCGCGACAGCGGCUUCGUCCCAGAGUCUCCUCCGCGGCGCCGAAGUCCGAACCUUGUGGACGAAAAAAUCCGGGAUAGUGGCGUGGAUAGUGGUGAUUGGCAAGAGUCGACACACAUGCAGACACCGGAGGCGCGCAGCCGCGACAUCGAGAGACGGCUGGGCCCCUCACCUUUCAAUACACCGGUUCUGCAAGAGCCGUCUCGUCAUGAUGCCUUGCCGCUAAUUGCCGACCCUGAGAAGAAGUUACGCCGAUCGAACAAGGACUACGGCGGGCUUGCCACAGCGGCAGCCGGUGCGACCAUGCUGGCUGCUGGUGCUGCUCAUCGCGACCAGGGGUACGACAGUGAUCGACGAGCCGUCUCGGAUUCGCACGCAGCAACUGGCUCCGGGUCCGCCCUGGGAUCUGGACGGGCUGAACCGCGGCGAUCUGUGUCUAACACCAGUUUGUCCCGCCAACGGACGCCUGAACCGCUAAAAUUGCGGCCUGAGAGCCCAGGCAGCAUUUCGGGCCUCCGCUCCACCGCCACACCUACACCGCCACCGCUGAGGCGGGUCGACAAGCGCAUGAGCGGAGACCUUCGAGCUCUUCGUCAACAAAACAACUCCACGCCGCCCGUUGCCAACGAGGCUCGUGUCCGCACAAAGGACAUGGCCGAUGUAUACGAUGGAUAUGGCGAAGGUCGCUUGGGCUCGCCAAAGUCACCGACAAGACCUCAUAGCAUGCGCCGUCGCCAGAGUAUGCAGGUCCUCGACCUUGAGUCUAGAGUAGAACAGCUCCUCGCCGAGAAUCGGUUGCUGACCGAAGCUCGCAACCAUGCCGAACAAAACGCCAACAGAAGCGCCACAUCUGUUCUCUCCGAGCGCGACGCCGAAAUCGAUACGCUAAAGCAGUCCCUACAAUACCUGCAGAAUGAAGUCAAUCGCCUGACCGAAGUCAACGAGGGUCUGACCAGCGCCAACGCCGAGCUUGCGAACAAAGACAGCAAUCGCUACCCCGGCGUUGCCGUUUAUGGCGACGGCACACGCAGCCUAGAAGGGCCGGAUGGCGCCUCUAUGCAAACUCUAGAAGAAAAAGAUGCCGAGAUUGCCAGCCUGCGCGAGCAGCUCGAAGCUGCCAAGGAACAAGUUCGUGAGAUGCAGCGCCAAAUCCUCGCUUCAAAAGCCGGCGAUUCCGAUUUCCUCAAUAUUAGGGACGAAGACUACUUUGACAAUCGCUGCCAACAACUCUGCUCCCAUGUACAGCAAUGGGUCUUGCGCUUCUCCAAGUUUUCUGACAUGCGCGCCUGCCGCCUAACAAGUGAGAUCAAUGACGAAAAGACAAUCGACCGUCUUGAUAAUGCUGUCCUAGAUGGCUCUGACGUCGAUGCCUAUCUCAACGACCGAGUCAAGCGACGAGACAUCUUCAUGUCCAUGACCAUGAGCAUGAUUUGGGAAUUUGUCUUCACUCGCUAUCUGUUUGGCAUGGACCGCGAGCAGCGCCAGAAGCUCAAGUCUCUCGAGAAGCUUCUUACGGAGGUUGGCCCGCAAAAUGCCGUCCGCCAGUGGCGCGCGGUCACCCUGACGCUUCUCGCCAAGCGCGCUAGCUUCCAGGAACAGCGCGAGCUCGAUACCGAAGCCGUGGUCCAGGCCAUCUUCCAGACACUCUGCAAGAUCUUGCCCCCGCCAAGCAACCUGGAGAGCCAGAUCCAAUCGCAGCUGCGCCGCGUCAUGCGCGAGGCCGUCGACCUCUCGGUCGCGAUGCGCACCCAAAGGGCCGAGUACAUGAUGCUGCCGCCCCUGCAGCCCGAGUAUGAUGCAGACGGCGAGCUCGCGGCGACGGUGCAGUUCAACGCGUCCAUGAUGAAUGAGCGGAGCCCACAGAAUAAGCAGUCCAACGAGGAGAUUGAGGCUGGCAACGCAAUCGUGCGUGUUGUCCUCUUUCCCCUGGUCGUCAAGAAGGGCGAUGAUGCUGGCAUCGGCGACGAUGAGAUUGUCGUCUGUCCCGCGCAAGUUCUCAUUGCACGCGAGCACGGAAGACGCCAUGUGACGCCCUCGAGCGAUGCGGGCGGCGCGUCGCUUAUCGGUGCCCCCAGUCGCCUCAGCGUGGCCACCGAUGCCAUGCUCAGCCAGGCCGAUGCCUAA